CGGUUGUCCCGGCGAGCUAUCGUCGCCCGCAAAGCCGCCGCCGCCGUCUCUUUCACCCGCCACCCGCCGUGCGGGCUCUUGGCAGGUUCCGGUGCGCCCAUGGUCGGCGCUGCGGACCGGGAGGCUGGCCCGGCGGCUGCGGCGUGCUGAGAGGGCGGCGUGGGGACGAUGCGGGUCCCGCGCGGCUGCUCCCGGCCUGGCCGCCUCCUGGCUCCGGCCUUCUUCCUGCUGUUGCUGCCCGCGCUGAACGGGUCCGGGACGGCGCUGUCCACGGCGGCCAGGGCGGCGCCAGGAUCCGGGCCUCCGGAGUCCGGGCCGCGCACGCAGUCCCCGCUGCCUCCCGGCCCCACCGCUGCCCAGCCCCGGGGCCAAGCUCAGGGUGAAGCCGCCGGCCCUCGAGGCGCGGAGGGCCGCAAUGGCAGCAGUCCCGGAGCAGGGCCUGAGGCGGAUGGCCUCGGAAGGAAGGCCGCGGAAGGCGCGGCGGGUGGCAGCUUGGCUGCUGUGAGCCCCAACCCUGGCGACAAGCCCAUGACCCAGCGGGCCCUGACCGUGUUGGUGGUGGUGAGUGGCGCUGUGCUGGUGUACUUCGUGGUCAGGACCGUCAGGAUGAGAAGAAGAAACCGUAAAACUAGGAGAUAUGGAGUUUUGGACACUAACAUAGAAAACAUGGAAUUGACACCAUUAGAACAAGAUGAUGAGGAUGAUGACAACACAUUGUUUGAUGCCAAUCAUCCUCGAAGAUGAGAAUGUGCCUUUCAUGAGAAGACUUCAAAUUUCUACUGAAGAACAGUUUCUAUGUCUAAGGAAUAAGAAGCCACUCUAUGGAGGGGAGGGGAAUUUAAGUUGCAGACAUUAUGACAACCUUUAAUUUGUUGUUAUGGCAAUAAAUAUUGUAUCAUUUUGUUAUAUCUUUGUAUAUUUGGAACUGCUCUAUUAAUGGGCUACAUGCUGUUAGGGACAAGCUGUACUGUACUGUAUUUUGCAUUUGAAAAUUAUUUUAAAAUGGUGUUUUCUGAAGCGCUUUUGUUCCUUUUACCAUAUUAUUGUAACCUGUUCUCUUUGGAGUACUAAUCAGUUAUUGUUAAUUAUUUUGUUAGCAUCAUAAUUUAAAGAACUAUAAGCCACAACUAACUGGUAUGAAAAAAUAAUUAAAAUUCUCCUUUACUAAAAAUUUCUCAUUUUUAUGGGGAAAGAAAGUUAAAUUUGUUAUGUUGUUUUUGAGCUUUUAAAUAGUAGUAAUUGUCUGUGCUAUUGUAUGCAAAAGAAUGAAUGUAAUUUAAAAUUAUUUAAGUGGUACAGACAGAAUGUGUUUACAAAAUAAACACUCCAUUGUUAUAUAGUAACUUGUGUGUUUUUAUAUUAUCUCUAUAUACUGAGUCCAAAAUGUAAUUUUCCCUAGCUUAGUGACUCACAUCUAUAAUUCUUGCAUAAAGCAGAUUUCUUUUGAGUUUGAGUCCAAGGAUAGAUGUGGCAAAAAAGAUUGACUAUCUUCUUAGAGGUGAGAUAUUUUGGAAAUCUGUGAAUGUCAAAGGCAUUUGUAGUUUAGUAUGAGAAAGUGAAUUACAAAUAAGAUUUCUUGUCAGAGAUGAAGAGAUUGAAAUAUUCCAUCUGUAGACUUUUAUGUAGUGAUUAGCCUCAUUAUCACACAGCAAAUCUAAUCUCACCCAGGUCUGGUUUUACACAUUUUAAAUUUUAGAAGAAGACUUAACAGAGAAGUCAUGGGUCCUGAAUGUCAUUGCUUGCUAGCAUUAAUGAGGUCAUUCAGAUGUGUGACAUAAUGGGAUAGUCGCCAGGCAUAGGAUUUAUUUUUAAUUUAUCAGCUAUACUUUAUGGUCCCUAGUUCUGUUCUGUAUCAUAUUUUCUGUGUAGCAAAGCUAAUCAGGAAAUCUCCCUCAGUUGGUAAACUUAGCUAUUUUAUAGGCUACUGCUUCAUGAUGAAUUAAUUUCAGUUCUACCCUGCUUGUAUUGACCUUAGAGCCUUAGAGUUACUCCCAUUCAACAAGCCCAAAAUAGAUACUCCUCCAUCUAAAGUUCAAAAGAAUGGUUUUAUAUUUGAAUAUAACCCAGGCCUGUAAUAUUUCAAAUAAAACUGAAAACUUACAUGCUACAACG